AUGCAAAAGGGUCUCUCACAAUUAACAAUCGAUGUUCUUACACCAUGCCUAUUAUUUUCCCAAGUUGCCAGAUCAAUCGAUCUCGACACGCUGACGCGUCUGUGGCCACUUGUUGUUUCGUUCUUUUUCUUCAUGCUGAUGGGUGGAAUAUUGGGCGUAAUCGGAGGGAAGAUUCUUCGUUUUUCAUGUUCACAGAUAAACUUAGUGGUAAAUGGAAUAAUCUUCAACAACAUUCAGAGUGUGCCGAUUGGUUUGAUUCAAAGUAUGGCGGCCACGAAUGCUAUUCAGUUUUUGUUUGAGAAUGACAGAGAUACCCCGGAGAAAACUGUCGCCAGAGGAAUUUCCUAUGCACUGUUGAAUGCUUUGUUUGCUAAUAUAUUAAGAUUUAGCUUAGGAACUUGGCUAUUACAGAAAGGUCACACAGACGAAGUAUUAGUUAACGUUGAAGAAGCGAGUCAAACCAAUCAUACAAUAAAUUCAAUAGCGAACGAGAAUACACCAUUAAUGCGUGGACAAGAAACAUUAUUAUCAUCAUCAAUCUACAAAUGGACAGAAAACAUCUAUUUUUCAAUCAAAGAAUUCAUGAAUUUUCCUCUACUAUCCGCAAUUCUCGCAAUCAUGAUCGGAACAAUACCACAAUUGAAGCAACUCUUCUUUGAAUCUCAAUUAUUCUAUCAAUUGAUUACUCGGCCAAUCGAGUACAUUGGCAACAUUGCAAUCCCAAUGACUCUCUUGAUUCUUGGAUCACAAAUGAACAAUCUCUCCACCAGUCAAAACCGCGAAGUACUACUUCCAAUCUCAUUUAUCAUGCUAUGCCGACUCAUCGUGAUGCCAAUAAUCGGUAUAAUAUUAGUGAUAGCGACGAGGAGCUGGUAUUUUGAGGAUCCGAUGUUGUGGUUUGUGUUGAUGGUGUCUGCUAGUGGACCGACAGCUAUCAAUCUUUUGAAUAUUGCACAGAUGGUUGGUGCGUUUGAACAAGAGAUUUCCGCAUUGUUGGUGUAUUCGUAUUUGGCUUUGAUACCAAUGUUGUCGGUCUAUGUGAUGAUUUUUUUAUUUGUAAUCAAUUGGAUUAAAUAA